CGCCAGUCUUAUCAAGGGCGUGAGGGGGGGUGUACGUGCCUGUCUUAAGCUCCUGCCUGCAUGGUGUUUGAAGAGAGAGAGAGAGAGAUAGGAUACUCGCUCGUGAUUGGCUGAUCGGGCGAGGGAGGAACUGUGAUUGGCGGAAGUUGCGCCUCCUCCUCCUCCUCCUUCUUCCUCUUCCUCCUUUUAUUUGCGUCGUAUUUCCUAUCUCUUUGUUUCUUUGAUUCUUCUUCCUUUUUCUCCUCCUCCUCCUCCUCCUCCUUUUUCUUCUCUUCCUCCUCCUCCUCUUCUUCUGUCAACAUGCGUCCCUGUUCUACCCUCCCCUUCCUCCUCCUCCUCCUCCCCUCCUCCUCCUCCUCCACCCCCACCCCCUCCCCCGUCUUCCUCCACAAACACCUCUUCAUCAAGGGAGUCUCAGGGGUAAUCUCUCCCCCGUGGCAAGACAACUGGCAGAUACAUGUCAACAUCGGGGGCGCCCAACGGGGUGUCCCACGGGGCUACCGGGGUAAUUCCCAAGGGUCCUAUUAUGGUACCUCUUGGGAGGUUUACUCUAUUGGGGGUCACUCUGCUGGAGGUCAUGAUUUCCCGAGAGGUCAAGGUCACAGCGUUGGAAGUCAUCGGUAUGGAAGUUAUCGCCCAGGAAGUCACCGUGGAACAAGUCAUCUAGGAGGAGGUCAUCCGUCAAGCACUGGAGGAGGUCAUCGUGGAACAAGUUAUCAGGGAGGUCAUCCGUCAAGCACUGGAGGAGGUCAUCGUGGAACAAGUUAUCAGGGAGGUCAUCCGUCAAGCACUGGAGGAGGUCAUCGUGGAACAAGUUAUCAGGGAGGUCAUCCGUCAAGCACUGGAGGAGGUCAUCGUGGAACAAGUUAUCAGGGAGGUCAUCCGUCACGCAAUCAUUAUGGAGAUCAUCAUGGAGAUCAUCAUCAUGGAGGAGGUCACCAGUGUGGAGGUCAAUGUGGAGAUCAUCAUCAUGGAGUAGAUCAUCAGUUUGGAGGUCAACAUGGAGAUCAUCAUGGAGAUCAUCAUCAUGGAGAUCAUCAUGAUGGAGGUCAUCAGUUUGGAGGUCAACAUGGAGAUCAUCAUGGAGAAGAUCAUCACGGUCCAGGUCACAUUCACGAUCACGGUCAUGAGAAAGGUCAACUCGGGUCAUCAGGUCGUCCCACACUCGCUCCAGGUCACACUCACGAUCACGGUCAUGAGAAAGGUCAACUCGGGUCACCAGGUCGUCCCACACUCGGUCCAGGUCACACUCACGAUCAUCAUGGUCCAGGUCACACUCACGAUCACGGUCAUGAGAAAGGUCAACUCGGGUCAUCAGGUCGUCUCACACUCGGUCCAGGUCACUCUCACGAUCACGGUCAUGAGAAAGGUCAACUCAGACAGGUUCAGCCACCCGGUGCCAUCCUUACGCCAAGCCAACAAGGUAAAAUCAAGGUCACGCUUCAUCCCACGUUCCAAGGUCACCUCUCGAUGCAAGGACAAGAUCAAAUCAAGCCUCAACUUGUAGAUCAAAUUGCACCCACGCCUCCAGUUGAAAGUCACAGAGGUCAAACUUCACCCCGACCUCAAAUCAAGCCUCCAGUUGAAAGUCACAGAGGUCAAACUUCAGGCCGACCUCAACUCCAGGCUCCAGGCAGACAUCAAGUUCCCGGGGGCGACACCAUCAAGUUUGGUCACGCCCACGUCAAUGAUAUGCUCAUCAGUUUUCACAUCCACGGAGAUGAUCCAAACCUCAGCGACGACUUCUUCGACCACGACCACAUUGAUGGCCACGCCCACAGCCAUGGCCACGGGGACGACCACAUCCGCGGAAAGCCACACCAGCAUACCGACACCAACACCCAGGACCAUACCCAGGACCAUACCCACGCAGAUGACCACCCAAACGGACGUAUCUCAGAGGUGCAUAAAACUGACCGUGAUCUCGCCGCCCUCAUCAAGUUCGAACACGCCCACGACCAUGACCACGGACACUCCCACGGACACGCCCACGACGAUGACCACGGGCAUUCCCAAGGACAAAAAAGUACGAAAGAUCACAAUUUUGGACCACUUAUAACAUUUGGUCCGCCCACGUUCAAAUUAACCCUAGAAGACGAUCACGGACACGCCCACGACGAUGACCACGGACAUGUUCACGGACACGCCCCCGACGAUGACCACGGACACGUUCACGGACACGCCCCCGACGAUGACCACGGACACGCCCACGACGAUGACCACGGGCAUUCCCAAGGACAAAAAAGUACGAAAGAUCACAAUUUUGGACCACUCAUAACAUUUGGUCCGCCCACGUUCAAAUUAACCCAAGACGAUCACGAACACACCCACGACGAUGACCACGGACACGCCCACGGACACUCCCACGGCGAUGACCACGGGCAUUCCCAAGGACAAAAAGGUACGAACGCCCACGAUUUCGGACCGCUUAUAAAAUUCGGUCCGCCCACGUUCAAAUUAACCGUAGAAGACGACCACGGACACGCUCACGACGACCACGGACACGCCCACGAUGACCCCAGGCACCAAGGUCAAAAGGUCACCGCAGAGGUCGUCGGCAUUGAUUCAGGAUUGUUAGGAGGUGAGGUCAGCUCCGCCCCCCAGAGGUCAAAGGUCAGGGAAGAAAAAAUUGACCUUAGAACCCAAUUUACAGCAGCGUAGAGAUGAAGGAAGAAGUCACCCCAAACAAGAUGGCCUUGACCCUAGUGUAUAUAUUAUCUUUUCCCUGCUCAUUACUAUUCCUAAGGCACACUCUCUGCUUGCUGUCAACGAAGCAGCGGGUAGGCCCUCAGAAACCCACUCGGCAAUGAGGCUUGAGGGGUGAAGAUGGGGCCCUUCUAAAGAGGCGGAAUGGCUCUACUGAAAACCAACCCUUGCCUUCUUAACCCCUUGACUGAGGAUUUCCAACAGUCAGACCUCACCAAACUACAGGAAGGGAGCAUAGAGUGGCUGCUACGACUCAAUGAAGAAAAAUGUAAAGUCCUGUACCUUGGGAGGGGAUAUCCAGCACACUAAUACCACAUGGGAAACACUCCACUAUCCACCACAGAGGCAGAGAAAGACAUGGGAGUGUGUUACCAGGCUACUAGUGAAGGGAUAUCCAGCACACCAAUACCACAUGGGAAACACUCCACUAUCCACCACAGCGGCAGAGAAAGACAUGGAAGUGUAUGUUACCAGGCUACCAGUGAAGGGAUAUCCAGCACACUAAUACCACAUGGGAAACACUCCACUAUCCACCACAGAGCCAGAGAAAGACAUGGGAGUGUGUUACCAGGCUACCAGUGAAGGGAUAUCCAGCACACCAAUACCACAUGGGAAACACUCCACUAUCCACCACAGAGCCAGAGAAAGACAUGGGAGUGUGUUACCAGGCUACCAGUGAAGGGAUAUCCAGCACACCAAUACCACAUGGGAAACACUCCACUAUCCACCACAGCGGCAGAG